AUGUACGUAUCAAAGUGUCAUGAGGAUUGUUAUGAACAAAGAUGGCCAAAAGUAAAUACAAUCGUGAAACGUAUUCUCAAUACCGAGAAUGUUAGUAGGGAUGAGUGGCAGAAUAUGUUUGCAGAUGUACAUUAUAUUGUUUCCUGGCAAGAAUCAGCAACAACAGCAAUCAUUUCAUCUCUUACUGAGACUGUCAAAGAAUCUAUCAUGAGAGUUCAGCAGCUCGUUAUGCGUAAUCAAGAUGAAUCUUCACUACUAAAAUCAUACAUAGCUCAGUGGAAUAAGUUUUCUAAACAAAGUGAAUAUCUUCCGCAACCAUUUAGUCCAUUAGAAAACUACCUGGUUGGCAAGCAUCUUAACGGUCCCAACAAACGUCAUCUUCAAGAAAGCACUAUUCGAAAACUGAUGCUGGAAACGUGGAACAGUACGAUUUAUGAAUCCAUCAAACAGAAACUUUUGGACAGUGCUAUUAAGCUUAUACAAGAUGAAAGAUGUGGUCAGGUUAUUGAUUCACAGCUCGUUAUAGGUGUUCGUGAGUCAUGUGUCAACUUAUCUACUUUAUCAGAAAAAUCCUUUCGAAUAUAUGUGGAUAACUUUGAAAAAGCAUAUAUUGAAAGCACAGAGAGUUUUUAUCGUAUUCGUAUAGAUGAAUACAUUCAGGAACAUGGAAUAAGAAGUUACAUGCAAUACGCUUUACAGAAACUAGCUGAAGAAGAAGCUAGAGCGGUGAAAUAUUUAGAAACUCAGCCAGAAUUCAAUUCCGUCCCUAAGUUGAUAAAAGUAUGCCUCAAGACAUUUGUAGUCGACUAUAUGGACCAAAUCCUUUCAGAAGUUCCAAAACUAUUACAUGAAGAAGAUACUAAUCAGCUCAGAUUAUGCUAUGAGUUAAUUAAUCGAGUUCCGCAAGAAAUCGACCGUUUAUUGGUCCUUUUGGAAGAAUAUAUUCGACAAACUGGCUUAAAGGAUAUACGUGCUAAUGCAGAGAUUAUGCUUAAAGAUGCAGAUAAAUAUGUGUGCCGUCUGUUGAAUUUAUACGUUCGUUUUUCACAUAUGGUUGAUAGUGCGUUUAACAACGAUCCUCAUUUUUUAACUGCACGCGAUAAAGCUUAUCAAGACAUUGUAAAUAAUACAUCAGUUUUUGUGACUGAAAUUCCAACUUCUGUUCGUAGCGGUAUUUCACGUGUCGAAUCUCGUUGUCCUGAAUUGUUAGCAUCUUAUUGUGAUAUGUUACUUCGUAAGUCGCCAACUAAUCGUCGUUUGACAACUGAUGAAAUUGAACAAAAAUUGCGCAAUGUUUUAUUAGUAUUAAAAUAUGUCAAUAGUAAAGAUAUUUUCAUGCGUGUUCACAAAUCUCAUCUUACUCGACGAUUAAUACUCGAGACAUCAGCUGAUAAUGAAAUGGAAGAAUUGAUGGCUGGACGUUUACGAGAAGUUGGAAUGCCAGCUGAACAAAUUAAUAAACUUAGUCGAAUGUUUCAAGACAUAAAAAUAUCACAUGAUCUUACUGCUGAAUUUAAAGAGAAAUAUAAAACUUCUUCAUCAUGCGCAUCCAAUAAUAUGCCAUCAUUAAAUUUAGAUAUUAUAACAAUUAAAAUACUCAGCGGUGGUGCAUGGUUAUUACGUCCUCAACCGCAAUCGUCUAUUUCAUUGCCAGCAGAAUUAGAAGAUUUUCUUCCUCAGAUUGAGGACUUCUAUCGUCAAAAACAUCAAGGUCGAAGUCUCCUAUGGCAACAUCAUCUAUCUCAUGGAGUACUGGCUUUUACAAGCGAUCAUGGUCGUUAUGAAUUUGAAGUGACCACUUAUCAGCUGGUUGUUUUAUAUGCUUGGAAUAGGAGAUAUGAUCAACACUUGCAUUUAGAUUGUUUGCUUACUUCAACUGGUUUACAAGAUGUUGAUCUUCGUCGAACAUUAUGGUCAUUGUGUGAACAUCCGAAAUUGGAACAGCAACUUGUUUGUUAUUCUCCUAAAGUAACCUCUGAGAAACAAUUCACUGAGAAAACCGAAUUUUGGCUGAAUUUAAAAUUUGUAAAUACGAAAAUGGGUAAAAUUCAAAAUCGACGAAGAAUCAAUCUGAUUGGUCGAUUACAAUUAACGCAUGAAAUAACAAAUGAAGAAGAAAGUAUGGCUAUUGUUGAGUUACGUCAAUUACGUGCACAAGAAGGUAUAAUUAAAUUAUUGAAAACACGUAAACGUUUACAUCAUAAUGAAUUAUACCAAGAACUAGUAGAUCUGUUACGUUUUCAAUUUGUCCCAUCGAAACGUUUAAUUAAAGAAGUAUUAGAAUGGCUCAUUGAUAAACACUAUGUUCAUCGUGAUAAUAACGAUAUGAAUGUGUUUGUUUACGGUACUUGA